UAUGUCGAGUGCAUUGUUUUUAUUCUCUUAUUAAUGUUGACGUCUCAGUAGUAAUUUCUACGUGAAUGAAUUCAUAACAUGAUUGCAAAAAAUAAAUAAAAUGGUAGGGCAAUGUAUUCACUAAUCAAGUACGUGAUUAUGUGUUCAAUAUUAAUGACGCGAGUAGGAGACUGUGUCGAUUACACAUACGAAAUAGACUGUAAUAACCUAAGAAUAGGACAAUAUAUUUGUCCACAUCCUGAAUAUGAUUUGAUUGAUCCUAAAACACAACAACCGAGGGGCUGCACGAAGGAAAAUAAAGCCAAAAUUUUGUGCCUAGCAGCUGAUGGACUGAUUUGUACAGAAUCUAGAAAUAAUACAUUCCAGAGGGAAAUUCCGUGUCGAUGGACCAACGGCUACUCAUUCGAAACAUCAGUAUUGCUAUCGAUAUUCCUGGGAAUGUUUGGGGCAGAUAGAUUCUAUCUAGGAUACCCUGCAAUUGGUCUUUUGAAACUCUGCACACUUGGAUUUUUAUUUCUGGGACAAUUCUGUGAUGUUAUAUUGAUAGCAACACAAAUUGUUGGGCCCGCCGAUGGCUCGCACUACGUGAUGCCGUAUUUUGGGGCUGGUAUUAACAUAAUCAGUAGCAAUAAUUUUACGUACAAAGUGCCACAAGAGGAUUGGUGAUAACGGCUGUUACAUUAAUUCAUUAAUAAUUGUGAAUAAAGUUAUCAUUCUGUAUAUGAAAAUUGUUGGGAAAUAAAUUUAUGGCUUUAAAA